UUUAGCCAAUGUCGUACCGCCUCAUAAUGGACCGAGCCUAUCAAUGUCCGCGCUCACAAUGGAAAUCGGCCAAUCACCGUGGCGACAUGCGAACCUAUCAAUGUCCGCGCUCACAAUGGAACAUUGCCAAUCACCGUGACCCCUCCCUCCCUCAGACGCCCUCACGCCCCCCACCACCACAAACAAAACAAAUUUCGAAUUUUAUUUUUAAAAAUAAAAACCGUUGGAAGAUUCUGAAAGUCAGAUGUCAGUAGCCUAGCUUCGUUGAAGAAGGAUUCGUCAUCACAUCAUUGAUCUCUCGACCUAAACGAUCUUGCUAUGAGCACCAAGCCAAAGAGCCACAAAGGUAUGGGGGAUGGGGAGUGGAUGGCAAGGCUUAAGGCAUUUGCCAGCACUGGGGUUUGGCCUUCCAAUGCAGGGAAUAGACCAGCCCCAAGGCAGAAGAAAUGGCAUGAUAUCUAUCAGAAGAUAGAAAAAUGCCCCAUGCAAGUUCGGGGACAGACCACCCUUUUUGGAGCGUCUGUCACUUGUGACUGUGGCUUUCACACUGUUAAACCUGCACUGCAGCCUCCUUCUGCACCUCCUUCUUUGACCCCACAGUCUGUGGGUUCACAAUCUAAUUCUGGAGAUACAGCAACAGCCACCCGCUGUUUCCUGAGGUCCCCUCCAUCUUUGUCAAGGUUCACUAAGUCCUAUUUUGGGGGUUCUCUUUCGGAUUCAGUGAAGCCAAACUUGGUGGCCCGGAAGACACCGAGUCCCUCUCCAUCCUCUGUGAGGAGCCCAAGUCCCUCUCCAUCCUCCGUGAGGAGCCCAAGUCCCUUUCCAUCCUCCGUGAGGAGCCCAAGUCCCUUUCCAUCCUCUGACACAGCCAAUAUAGAGGACAACUAG